ACCCAAAGUUUAUUACGAAAUCAGAGGUCACUAGAGAUAAACUCUGUCAAAGCUUCUCUGAAGGAUGAUUACAGGCAGUUCAGCUUCUGAGGAGGAUCCAGUGCGUGCGAGGAGUCUGAUCCGUGCAAACCUUGAGAAGCCUAGUGUGUUGCUUCGGAGUAGGAUGCCGAACAUCAAAGUUUUUAGUGGUACAUCGCAUCCAGACCUUGCGCAGCGGAUUGUCGACCGUCUUGGAAUAGAUCUGGGAAAAGUCGUUACUAAGAAAUUUAGUAACCUUGAGACAUGCGUAGAGAUUGGAGAAUCAGUCCGCGGGGAAGAUGUAUAUAUUGUUCAAAGUGGAAGUGGCGAAGUGAACGAUAACUUAAUGGAAUUGCUGAUUAUGAUAAAUGCUUGUAAAAUAGCGUCUGCUUCUCGAGUGACUGCUGUUAUUCCAUGUUUCCCAUACGCAAGACAGGAUAAGAAAGAUAAGGCUGGUGGAGAUGGGGAAAGUAACGGAAAUGAUGUUACUCCUUCUUUCAGAUUGAAACCCAACAACGAAUGGAAGUUUCGGAGCCGAGCACCGAUAUCAGCCAAGUUGGUGGCAAAUAUGUUAUCUGUGGCUGGUGCGGAUCACAUUAUUACAAUGGAUCUCCAUGCAUCUCAAAUACAGGGAUUCUUUGAUAUCCCUGUAGAUAAUCUGUAUGCAGAACCAGCUGUUUUGAAAUGGAUUAAAGAAAACAUAGUAGAAUGGCGUAACAGUAUUAUAGUAUCACCAGAUGCUGGUGGUGCCAAAAGGGUUACAUCCAUAGCUGAUAGGCUGAAUGUUGAAUUUGCACUUAUCCAUAAAGAACGCAAAAAAGCAAAUGAAGUUGCAGCAAUGGUGCUGGUUGGAGAUGUGAAAGACAGAGUUGCCAUAUUGGUAGAUGACAUGGCUGACACUUGUGGUACAAUUUGUCAUGCUGCUGAAAAGCUUCUGGAAGCUGGUGCAACCAAGGUUUAUGCUAUCUUAACUCAUGGUAUAUUUUCGGGGCCUGCAAUAUCAAGAAUAAACAAUGCCUGUUUCGAAGCAGUAGUUGUAACCAACACUAUCCCACAAGAACAGCACAUGAAGGACUGUCCUAGGAUACAGUGCAUUGAUGUGUCAAUGAUGUUUGCUGAAGCAGUCCGUAGGACACACAAUGGAGAAUCAGUAUCGUAUCUAUUUUCAAAUGUACCAUACUGAGAAAUAUACAGAUACUGUUGACAUGGAAUGUUGAACGAGGUUAUAAAAGAAUCUCAUUUCUUUACAUAUUGAAAUUCUGUAUAGAUACUUAAUUUCAUAAUCAAAAGUAGAUAAUUGCUGAGACAUCAAUAAAGAGAAUAUUGUUCAUAGUUGUAAUAAGAUGGCUUUCAGUUUUAUUUGAGACAUGUCUUUUACAAAGAACAUUUGAGAAACCUUGUAAUUGAUUGCUUUUCAGCAAACUUAUUUUGUGUAUGUGAUGACUUAACAGUUAUUCUGUGUAAAAGAUGUGUUUUUAUAUGCAUUGUUGUACACUUUGUAUCAUUUUACUUAUACUUUGUCUGCUGAAUAAAUAUCAGUUCUUAUAUA